AUGCUGGACGAAGGAGCAGGCUCGGAAGCAUUGAACAAGUUGAUAGAAGGCCUCCAACCCGACGAGGAGGUAGCCAAGGAGCUCAGGGAGGAGACACCACGAGCAAUGUGCUCACAGCUUAUGGAGCAUCAGAAACUCGGAUUGACAUGGCUGAAGAAGAACGAAACGAGCAGUAACAAGGGCGGAAUACUUGCUGACGACAUGGGCUUGGGCAAGACGGUGCAAGCAAUAUCUCUUAUUGUUUCCCGACCAUCGGAUGACCCAGCCUGCAAGACCACACUCAUCGUUGCGCCAGUUGCUCUGAUGAGGCAGUGGCAGAAAGAGAUCGAACGACAUGUCCAUGCUCAUUCACGCCUCUCCGUGUACAUCUACCAUGGGGCUGGGAAGAAGGCCAAGUUCGACAAAUUGCGCCAGUUUGAUGUUGUGCUGACCACGUACGGCACAUUGACGUGGGAGUAUAAACGCAAAGAAUCGCGUGCCGACAUAGCGAGAAAUUCGUGUCACAUCAUAGGGCCAACAAGCAAAUGGCAUCGUGUCAUACUUGACGAAGCCCAAUGUAUCAAGAACAAGAGCACAAUCGUUUCAAAGGCAUCAAAUGAGUUGAGAGCUACAUAUCGCCUUUGUAUGACCGGUACACCAAUGAUGAACUCCAUCGACGAGUUAUAUCCCCUGAUUCGUUUUCUCCAAAUCAAACCCUACAACGAUGAUGCUCGUUUCCGUUCGCACAUCUCCAAGCCCAUAAAAAAUGCCAACGAACGCGAAAUGGGGAUUAAGCGUGUACAGGUCUUACUGAAAAGCUUCAUGCUUCGUCGCGCAAAGGACACUAAAAUUGACGGCGAAGAGAUCUGCAAGAUCCCACCAAAACAUGUCCACAAAGACGAUGUUGAAUUUGACGAAGAUGAGCGGGAACUCUACUCAGCGAUCGAGACCAACUCCCAACUCAAGUUCAACAAAUACCUGGCCAAAGGAACGGUUACCAAUAAUUACGCUAACAUUCUGGUGCUGCUAUUACGACUCCGUCAGGCAUGCUGUCAUCCGCAUUUGAUCAAGGAUCUCGGGGUCCAGGUAUCGACCGAGGGUAUCCCUGAGGAGGAUCUUCUCAGUCGUGCAAAGCAGCUUCAUGGAGAUGUGGUCAAUCGAUUGAAGGUUAUGGAAAAUUUCGAAUGCCCCAUUUGCUACGAAGCUAUCCCGAAUCCCACAGUGUUUCUACCCUGUGGACAUACUUGCUGCGGAGAGUGUUUCCAGAAGCUUAUCGAUCCAUCCCAGGCCAUCAGGGAAGGCGUGGAGACCAACAAUGCGAAGUGUCCGCACUGCAGAGGCCCACUCAGUUCCGAGAGGAUCACUGACUAUCAUCAUUUCUGCAAGGUUUUCAGUCCAGAGAAGCUCCACCUCUUUGGCGAAGCAAAGGACGAAAACGAAGAAGUGGCUGUGGCUGAUGCUGAGUCUGACGAUGAGUCUGAUGACGAUUCUGAUACUGAGAGUGAUUCUGAGGCCGAGGAGGAUGAGGAUGCGGGCAGUGACUUGGACGAUUUCGUUGUCCCAGAUGGUGCAGAUGACGACUACGAAGCCCCUGUCAAAGUUAAAGGGGAAUCUUCUAAGAAGAGGAGAACCAAGGGUGGUCGAGGCAAGAAAAAAAAGAGCAAGGGCAAGGCAAAAGCUGAAGAUGACGACGACAAUCUUCCAAAGCUCAAGAAGACGCUUGCCCAGCUUAAGCAAGAAUCUCUCCGAAAUCAAGCUGCAAAGAAGAAGUAUCUCAAGCGUCUUCGCAAAACAUUCAAAUCCUCAUCAAAGAUCGACAGGACCGUAGAGCUUCUUACCGAAAUUAGGAACAAUGACCCCUCGGAGAAGACGCUCAUCUUUAGUCAAUUUACUACAUUGCUUGACCUUGUAGAGGUUCCCCUUCAGGACCGUGGAUUCAAAUACCAACGUUACGAUGGCAGUAUGAAGAUGGAUGAUCGAGCCGAUGCUGUCAACGCAUUUAUGGACGAAUCUGAUCAAACCAUCAUGUUGGUCUCGCUCAAAGCCGGCAAUGCGGGCUUGAACUUGAACAAGGCUUCUCAGGUCAUCAUUCUCGACCCAUUCUGGAACCCUUUCGUCGAAGAUCAAGCAGUUGAUCGAGCACAUCGAAUGCCACAGAAGCGGGAAGUCAAUGUGCAUCGUCUAUUGGUUCCGGAGACCGUCGAGGAUCGCAUUAUCACUCUCCAGGACGGGAAACGUGAGCUUAUCACCGCAGCUCUGGAUGAGAAUGCCAGCAAAAGCAUUUCUCGGUUGAGCAUUGGCGAUCUGAAAUAUCUCUUUGGCUUGGGUCCUCGCCCUAGUCGUUGA